GAAACAUGUUGUCUCAUAUCAUUGUGACUUUUUAUUAAAAUAGUAUUAGACAUAGACAACUCUUAAUUAUACGCAAAUUUUCUCUCUGUUUUGCUCCUUUUUUUUUUUCGUCAAAUAUGGAAUCAAUAGCAACUACUGUAAAUCUUCCAUCUCAAUUUAGAUCUAAAAGACAAUUUAAAAUUUGGCAAAAGCAACAAAAAGAAAAUGCGGAAAAACGAUUGAACCGAGCUUUGUAUGCAAAUCAAUCUCCCUUUCGUUAUGCUGAACGUAUUUAUAAAUCACGUUUACUUACUGAAGAGCAAAAAAAUGAAAUUGUUGACUUUAAUUAUAUCAGUCAAAACAGUGACCAAGUGAAUGAAAAUUUAGUUCAUGUAAAGUUAAAGCAUGAUUUAAGAGAGCUUUCUCCUCUUUUUGGCUCAAUAGAUGAUGAUGGCUGGAAAGAUCGAUCCCAUCAAGCUUAUGUCUUGAAGAAUGUGCCAGGUAUAUAUAUAUUAUCUAUGUAUGUUUGAUUUAUUCUUCUAUUUCAUUUUUUUUAUUACAGGUCUUAUAGUUAUACCUAACGCCUUUACACCCAGUAUACAACGUCGCUUAAUUAAACAAUGUUUAAGAGAUUACGCUAAGCCUCCUCAUACGUCCAAUUUAAAUGGUCACUAUCAUGUUCCUCAAGAUGGUAUAUGGCCACUUUAUGAAAGAGAAAAAAGAGGUGAACUUGUACCUGGUGAUCCAGAUUAUUAUGUGCCUAUUAAACCUAUUUUAGACAACGAGCAAGGAACUGAUAUUUAUUCUUCUCCUUCUAUUGAUGAAACAACAAUUAGUAAUAGUAAUGAUGAUGAUGAUGCCAAGUCAACUGUUAGUAGCAUGUAUUCUUCAAUUAAUUCAAAUACAAAAUCUUUACUCUUGGGUCCAACAUCCUUGCUGAAAAAGCAACGUUGGGUGACAUUAGGAUAUCAAUAUCAUUGGGGAACAAAGAAAUAUGAUUUAAAUAAUCCAGUUCCUAUUCCAGAUGAAAUUGCUGAAAUUAUGAAAGCAAUUGUUACAGCUACUGAAGACAUUGGUUAUACUGAUAAUGAUGACUUGAAUACAAACUGGAAGAAUCAAUAUAAAGGAUGUGACUUUAAACCAGAAGCAGGCAUUAUCAAUUAUUACCAACUGCAAUCAACGUUAAUGGGUCAUGUUGACCAAAGCGAAAUCAACAUGGAGGCCCCUUUAAUUUCUAUGAGUUUAGGUCAUUCUUGUAUAUAUUUGAUUGGUGGAAAUACACGAGAUGUAAAGCCUAUUCCUUUACGUCUACAUAGUGGUGAUGUUAUUAUCAUGACUGCUAUUGCUAGAAGAGCGUACCAUGGUGUUCCUCGAAUAUUAGAUGGCACUUUACCAGAUUAUUUAUCACCUGAAGGGCAUUAUGAAGAUUCGCCUGAUUGGAAGAUUUACGGUGAUUACAUGACAACAACAAGAAUUAAUUUAAAUAUUAGACAAGUCUUUUCAUCAAAAGAAUAAAUAAUUAUGUAAUAAUAAUGUA